AUGAAUAGAUCAUGGGUGAAAAAGACAUACAAUAAAAUAGUAGCUUCAUUUUCUUCCCAUAUAACUACUAAAACUUUGUUACAUAAAUUGAAAAACUACCCACCGAGCCCUUUCCCUACUUUACCCAUCUUAGGCCAUCUCCACCUUGUCAAAGACCACAACUCCAUUCACCGCACCUUUUCAAGUCUCUCUCAAAAACUCGGUCCAGUGAUCACCCUUCAGUUCGGUUCUCGCCGCGCCCUCCUCGUCUCCUCCCCCUCCGCCGUAGAGGACUGUCUUCUCCACAACGACAUCUGCUUCGCCAACAGACCCCGCCUCGUGGCAGGCAAGAUCCUAGGAUAUGACUUCACCACCAUGUCGUGGGCCCCGUAUGACCCUCUAUGGCGUAACCACCGUAAGAUUGCUGCGACCGAGAUUUUGUCUUCUCAUCGCCUUCAUUUACUGGCUAACAUACGAGCUGAUGAAGUGAGAUCACUAGUCAAGAGAAUUAUAAGUCAAAAGGGUGGCGAUGAAAUGGUGGUGGUGGAGGUUAAAAAGGCGCUUUUCGAGCUUACGAAUAAUGCCAUGAUGAGGAUGGUUGCCGGGAAGAGGAUCUACGGCGAGGCGGAGGUGUCUAGUGAAGCAAAGAGAUUUCAAGAGGUUGUUAAGGAGUUGAUAGAAAUAGGUGCACCAACAAGUGUUGUGGAUUUCUUCCCAUUUUUGAAGUAUUUGGGGAUCCAUUAUAUUAGUAAGGAGAAAAAGUAUAAGGCUCUUUUCUUGGAACUUGACAAGUUUUUACAAGAUUUGGUGGAUGAAAAAAGAUGUCAAGGAGUAGUGAUUGAUUGUGGUGGGAAAAACAAAACUUUGAUUGAGGUUUUGAUUAACUUACAAAACUCAGAUCCUUCAUUUUUUAAUGAUGACAUAAUCAAAGGUCUUGUCCAGUAUAUGUGAUGGUGGUGGACCAGAUGGUGGCUAUGGUGGUGCUGCUGAUGGAAAUUCGGAGAAGAUGGGUUAAAAAAACAAAAAAAAAAAAAAAAAAAAAAAAAAA